UUAAGCUGAAGACAUUUUUGCUUACAAAGGGAAACGGCCAGACUGGUACGAACUGGAAAAACAUGGACGACAAAGAAUCGCCUGCCAAGCAUCAAUGUGACAUUUGCGAGAAAAGUUUUGAAUACUCGAGCGAACUUGCGAUGCAUGUUAUAACCCACACAGGUGAAAAACCGUUUCAGUGCAACAUCUGUGGUAAAAAAUAUUUUCAGUAUGGCAGUUUUAUUAAACAUGAGAAACUCCACAUGUCAGAUGAACCUCGCGAAUGUGAUCUAUGCGGUGAAAAGUUCAUUGAUAUCAAAUGUUUUAAUCGACAUUACAAAAUUCAUACGCGAGAGCAACGACGAAAAUGCGAUAUAUGCAAAAAAAUAUUCAGUGGUUCGAGUCACCUCAAACGGCACAAACUUUGCCAUACUGGGGAAAAACCGUACAAAUGCAACAGCUGCGGUAAGACUUUCAAUAAUUCGUACAAUCUCAAGCGCCACGAAAUGAUUCAUACCGGGGAAAAACCGCACAAAUGUCCCGUAUGUGCAAAAACUUUCAGUCAAUUGAGCGACAUGAAACGUCAUGAAGCCAUUCACACUGGAGUGAAAUCAUUCAAGUGUGAUGUGUGUAACAAGUCGUUUGCUCUUCAAGGUAACUUAAAACAACAUAUUCGAACACACACCGGUGAAAAGCCAUACCAGUGUUACGUCUGUCAGAAGACUUUCGGACGAUGUGAUAAUUUGAAGAAACACUUGCAAACACACUUAAACGAAAGUGUCUGAGAAUUUUAUCUGCAUUAUAGGCUCUUUCUGGGAGGCAUUGUCCGUGGACCUAGUGGGGAACUAAGGGGGGUGGGGCAUUCCCUCCACGUUUUCCAUAGAGAAGCUAUUUAUUGGGUAAAAUUCAGCCUUCCACGUAUCGAGUAUAUUCUCGUGCUACUCUCCCCCUUCCCAGAGACCUGUAUUUGUAAGAGUUGGGACACGUAUUGUUGUCUGCAUUUUGCAUUAUGAUCAAAGUGAUUGGGUAGAUAUAGUCACAUGGGCAUCUAGACGCCAUUUUCGUUCCAAAAGCGCAAAUUAUAACCGUCUUUUACAUAGGAAAUAAAUUAUAAAAAAAUGUUUGCUAUGAUUUUUGGUUGUGUUAUAAUAGUGCCAAUCAAAGCAAUGAAGAAUAGAAACAUAUGCGCUCCCUUGUGGCAAAAGCAGUAUUAACGGUGUAUAAAUUACAUCUAAUGCAUCAAAUAAAUGCUUUCAAUUAUAAUGACAUUUAUAAACAACUGAAUUCUAAAUGUAGGGAUCGCUGUCUAUUUGUGAAUUAGAAAAUAAAACAGAAAAUUUGUCUUUCCGCCAUUUAUGGUUUAUAUUUGCUGGCUUUUGGUACAAAAAUGGCGGACGCUAAGGCAAUUUUACUUCCGGUGUCCCAACUUUCCUAAUACAGGGCUCUGCCCUUCCCCCACCUCCUUCACCACUCCUUUUGAGCUGGCUCCGCGAUGUCUGUAGUCGUGAAUUGUUUCUAUUUUAUUAAUACAAAAUUUGUUGAGUUUGAGUAAAACACAAAACAAUUAAUACUGCGUAUAAAGUAAAUAUAUUUUUUCAUUCUAAACGUUUCGAAUAAAAAGUGUUACAUGUCAUCAUUAGUAGAAAAUGGGAACUUUUCAUAAUUUUCAAAUCGUGAUUAACUGUUCAUUCGCAUGUUUUAAAUGAAAUAGCUAAUUCCAGUGAACCAUUUAUACGACGAAUGUCAUAAACAUCUUUGAAUAAUAAUUAGGAAUAAUAAUUAAGAACGAUUAGUAAUUUAACAGUUUUCAAAAAUUUUAUCAUCUAAACUGAAAGAAUAUUUUCAAUCCAAAAGAUUAGCAGACAAAUGUAGCCUGUAAGGAAUGUAUAUAUUUAAAAUGUUCUCAACUAUGUAUAUAAUUGUAAAGCUCAGAUUUAUUAGAUUGUGCAUGCUCUUUAAUUCUUGUGUAAAGGCAUUUGUUUUUUUUUUCAAUGUAAGAAGCAUCCCAUCCCGGGCAAUCAAAUUUGUAAAUCGCUGAGCUUUUGUCCUGUUGACACAUAACACUUGUCAAAACUUUUAGAAUAAAAAUGGUGUGCCGAGUG